AUGAAGGUGUCAGAUCAACAAAAGUUUCUUCAGAGUUUGACUGCGAUCACCAAUGACCUUGAUAACUAUCAGCAUCUUGGUGUACUCUAUUGUUAUAAUCUGCCUGGCAUCCCUGCCGAGUUAAUCUCUGCAGGCGAUUGUUACGGUUGGGGCGAUUUUCCCUACGAUUACAACGCUUGCUUUAAAGGUUCUUCUUGCCUUUCUCAUAUUCUCUGUGACCUCAGAUAUCUUGUAUCGAGAGGAUAUAUUCGAAUCACCAGCAGAGUACUCAAGUUCGGACUUGCCGUCUUGAGAGUAUAUAUUCUUCCGGAUGGGUUCGUAGGCCAAGGGAUCCUAAAUAUUUACAGGGAAAAUUAUGGAAGAUUGAAUAGACAACUGUCAUGGCAUGCGAAAGCUUAUCAAAAGAUCAUGAAACAGAUGAUGGCAAUUCUUGAUUAUGAUCCAAUGGCUUGGAAGAUCCACAACGAUGCCCAAUUUGUCAAGUAUAUUGGUUCAGAGAAAAGAGUAAUACCUCUGAUCAACUGCCUGGCAGAUUACAGCCCGUUUAAUGCCGAUUCGAUGAUUGGAAAUAGCUGGUCUGAUCAAGUUAAUACAUUUGAAUCUCUUGGAUACCAUAUGAACAGGCUAAUCAAUGGAAAGCCGUUUGCAAAAGUCCUUUCAGCUUUGCUUCUUGACGAAUCUAAAGAAAAACUGGGUCAAAAUACUCUUCAGGAGAGGGUCAGUCGAAUUUAUUCGGUGAUUAAAUCCCCCCAUUUGGACUUAAAGCUUAACGAGAUCAGUACAGAUCAACAAGAGAUUCUGUCUGCAAUAUUGAAUGGAAGGGUACCUGGAUUCAAAAGUAAUUUGUACAACUAUCAGAGACGAUCUGUUGCAAAAAUGUAUGAGAAAGAGAUGUAUUCUAGACGCGUACCGAUGCCUACUAUUGUACAAAUAAAAAAUGGCAUGAUGUACAUUGAUUUAUCAUCUUUCAAAGUUAUGGUCAAUCCACCGACUUACUGCACCCCUCGAGGGGGUAUAUUGGCUGAAAAUAUGGGUCUGGGAAAGACUUGCAUCUGCUUGGCCCUUAUCUGCCUUUCCAAGCUUCAAAUAUCUCAGACUCCAAGGGAUUGUCGGAUCGGGAACCCCAAUACUCCUCAUGUGAAGUCCCUUAUGGGCAAGUGUGUUGAAUUUAUCUCCAAUAAUUCAAUUCAGUGGAGACAAUACUACAAUGACCUUCCCAAGACAUGCAUAGAGAAACUUGAAGUAAGCUUGGGGUACUUUGAAAAGGUUGAUAUUCAUGUUACACGGCAUAAUACAAGACAUACAAGAAGUCAGGCGCAUACAAAUAUUGAAGAUAAUGCAUUUGAGACUAUUUCGUCUAGAAGAGUUUACCUCUCCUCGACGACUUUGGUUGUUAUUCCUGACAAUUUGUUCCCUCAAUGGGUUUCUGAAGUAAAAAAGCACGUAAUGGAAAACUAUCUAAAGCUCAUAGAGAUUCCUAACGAGAAAAUUUCAUUGCCAGACAAAGUCGCCGAUAUUGUUAACAGCGAUGUGGUGCUAAUAUCUCUUCAUGCAUUUGCCAGACAAUCACAGAAUCCGGACUCUAUACUAAGAUCAAUUUAUUGGAAGAGAGUGAUCGUUGACGAGGGACAUUCGAUGAACGCAAAACAUUCUAGAGCAGUUGAAAUGGCUGCUACCUUAAUGGCGGAGCGUAGAUGGACAAUUACUGGUACUCCGACCUCGGGACUAACUAGUUUACUUGUGGAAGAAGAUGAUAACGAGUACACAGUGACGAAGAAUUUCAAUGCGAAACAGGAUCUUGUCAGAUUAGGAAUUGUUGUGUCGAAUUUCUUACAGAUAGAACCAUGGAAAUCCAACAGUAGGCUCUGGAACAAUACGGUAGUCAAACCUUUUGAAAAGAGGGUUUUUCACAGUGAGUACGAGCUAACUGAGCUAUUAAAGAACUUAAUUGUUAGGCAUACAAUUGAAGAUGUACAGAGAGAUAUUACGCUACCCAAGAUGCACCACAGAGCUGUUCUGUUAAAGCCAUCAUUUUUUGAUAAACUGUCGAUUAACUUAUUUAUCGCUGUGCUAUCGGCCAAUGCGGUUACUUCUGAGAGAACCGGUGUUGACUUCAUGUUUAAUCCAUCAAAUAAAAGCGACUUGAGAAGAUUGAUCAACAAUUUACGUAAGGCCACAUUUUAUUGGACGGGUUUCAGCAUCCAAGAUAUAGAGAACUUGCUCAAUAUCUGCAGGUAUUCCUUGAGGGAAAAUCAGAAAAGGUACAGUGAGGCAGACCAGCUAUUACUUAAGAAGUGCAUGUACGUAGCAAAAGUGGCAUUAUCCAAUAAUAGAUGGAGAACGAACUCAUCCGUUCACGAGAUGAGCUACUUUGUGGACAAUCUACCACCCUGCAUUAGAAGGGAUUUUACAAUAUCUCAGUACCCUGAUUUGAAAGAUCUUUUCUUUAGUCCGAUCGGUGUGUAUGGAUUCCCACAGCUGAUUUCCAUCCAACGUUUCUAUUAUAAGCACAGAAUGAUAUCUACAGAACACGAGUUGGAAACGGAGAUGAGGGACUACACGAGAAAAUUCUGGCAGCAUUAUGGGAGGACCAAUGAUAAGCUGAACGGAAUUCGUAAGGGUACAUCUGUAAUGAACAAGGAAUUAGACUUCAGGAGCAUUGAUUUUGAAGCCAUCAAAGAAAUUGAUAAGAUACCUAACUGGGUAAAUCGAUUUAAUUCUGUCUCUGAGGAGGAAAAGUUUUACCCCUUAGAAAACAUGCCCCAUGGAGUAAAGAGAGAAGUGGAGACAGUCUCUCCUGCUUUCCAAAAGAAAGUACCUCGAAUUGUUGAAAAAGACUGUCCGAAGAUGAUCUCAUCAACACCUAACUGUGAAGACGAUACGAAUCUUGAUUAUAUGACGUCUUCAAAAGUGGGAUCAUUGAUGAGAAAGGCCACUAUUCGAGGUACUGCUUCUGCAAAACUUUCAUAUUUGACUUCUCGUCUAUUAGAGAACCAAAUUCAAGGGGCUAAAUCGAUUGUGUUUUACGAAUUAGAGAACUCUGCAUACUAUUUGACUGAAUUUCUUGAUCUUUUGGGAAUGAACUACUUGAUGUAUUCACCACAUAUUUCAUUGACAGAGCGGGCAAAGAGCUUGGCGGGAUUUGACGAGUGGGAUCCAAAGAAGCAGCAGGGAAUUGCAUUGAUUAUGGAUCUCAAAUUAGCCUCUCAUGGAUUAACCAUUCUUGCCGCUACUCAUGUGUUUUUCAUCAAUCCAGUUUGGAACAGAACUAUUGAAGCGCAAGCUGUGAAAAGAGCGCAUAGAAUUGGACAGACUCACGAGGUUUACGUAGAGACGUUGAUCUUGAAGAACACAAUUGAGGAGGAGAUGUACUACAGGAGGUCUGCGAAGGGAUUAGUGGAGAAUAGUCGGCAACAAGUAAAGGAAACGGAAAAGGAGCUCAUCGAUAAUACAGGGAUUCAAAAGUAUAUAAUGAGGUUUGAGUUUUUACGGUUUCAUUUUGGAGAAAAGGCUUCAGAAAUUGCUCCUUUAAUGUCGAAGACGUCGAUACCUCUACGACUGAAUACGUAUGGCAUUGAAGAGAAGUGUCAUGGAAGCACAGAAGAGGACAACGAUAUUACAAUGCGCUUUGCGAAAAGCGACGUGACACCUGACUUGGAAAGAAAGUGGGCUCUUCCGCUAUUUACUGAGAAUAGUAUGAUGAAACUGAAUGAGAGUGAUUUCAGUAAGAACAGAAAGAGAGGAAAGGCUGCAAGUGCUCUAAAAACAGAAGCUGUCCCUCAAAAGAAGACCACGGCAUGGGAGAGAGUGAACGAAAAGACGUUGGGACUCAUGAAGAAGCUCAAAAAGGGACGUAAAGUACACUUUACAGGAUAA